AUGGCCUCAUCGUCGACACUCCCGCUGACACCGGGCAUCCACCUCGUCUCCACCACCACCGCCGCCACCACCGCCGCGGACGCCUCCUCCGACCCCGCCGUCUCAUCCCUCAUCGACGGCAUAGUCCACCUCCACGCCGCGUGUAUCCUGCACGACCACACGCUCGCCACGUUCCUGCCCCCCCUGUCGCACUCGCAGCUCUACCAGUGGUGGGAGAAGCGCCUCGAAGAAGUCACGGCCCGCGAACGGCAUAUUAUAGUGUCCGUGUCCAACGUGGCUGAUCGGACGACAAACCAUGACCUCACGGCCCCGUGGGCUGCUGAGGGGAGGAGCUGGCCUGUCGUGCUGCGGGUGCCGACAGACAGAGAUGGAGAUGGAGAUGCUCAAGCGACAGCCCUUGAAAUCUCCGGCGUCGUCUCCCUCGAAACGCCGUUCUCGCAGACCGGCCCGUUCCGUGGCGAGGUGCAGAAGUUAUUCGUCCACCCUAUGCACCGGCGGCGGGGCAUCGCCAGGAAGUUGAUGGCUCGGUUGGAAACCGUGGCGCUGGACCAUGGGCGGUGGAAUCUCAUGCUCGACACCGAGGUCGGGUCCGCGGCCGAGGAGGUAUAUCCGAAACUCGGGUAUGAGAGGCUUGGCGUGGUGCGUGAGUACGGGUAUAGUCCUCGGGAUGGGAGGUUGGUGGAUGAAGUAUGGUACUGGAAGGAUUUGAGAAAGAUGGCGCGUCUGAAGGAGGAGGAGGGGAAGGAGAAGGAGAGGGAGAGGGAGAGGGAGAAGGAAUGGGAGUACUCCCUACGUGCGAGCAGAGAAGGCUGA